GCAGUUCGCGCGAGUUCCCGCCAAGCGCGGCGAGUUUAGCGCGCCCGCGCCGCGGCCCGCAGCGGAACCGUCGGCGGGGACCCCGCGGCUGGGAAUGGCGCAGCUCCGCCUCACCGAUUUCUUCGGCCGCACCAAAGCCGCCGUCAGCCUCCCCGCCAAGCACGGCGCCCGCGGGCUCAAGGCCGCCCUCGUCGCCCCCCCGGAGCCCCGGAACCAUGGGGCCGUUUCCCCGCCUCCCGCAUCGCCGCGCACCCCGACCCGCAGCGCUGCCCCGGCGGUGCCGCGGAUGGCGGGCAGGAAACGGAGCCGCCGGGAGAUGGAAGCGGAGACCCCCGGCGGGGAGCGGGGCGGAAAGUCGGCGCGGAAGCGGCUGGAGCUGCCGCGGGAUGCGGGGCCGGAGCCUGCCAGCCCCGCAUCGCUGGGCCCACCGCAGCCCCCCAUAGCCAGCAGGUUGUGCACCCCCAGCCCGGAGCAGGACAGCGGGACCACACCGCGCCUGGAGCAGGAGGAGCUGGCCACGCUGCAGAGCCGCCUGCAGAGGAUGAGGAUGAAGCCCCCCACCCAACCGCCCCCCAUCCCCGCUGGGGUCGGCGCUGAGCUGCGGAGCCGCCUGCAGAGCCUGCGGGGCCUGGAGCUGCGGCUCCGUGCCAAGGCAGCAGGCAGUGGGACGGGGCAGCCUGGGGUCACCGGGACAGAGGCUCCGAUAGCAGCACAGAAUAGCAGCACACAGCUCCCCGCGUACCAGCGCUUCCAUGCCCUGGCACAGGACACGCCACCAGGGCUGACACUGCCCUACAAGUACAAAGUGCUGGCAGAGAUGUUCCGCAGCGUGGACACCAUUGCCGGGAUGCUUUUCAACCGUGCCGAGACCAUCACCUUUGCCAAGGUCAAGCAGGGCGUGCAGGACAUGAUGCGCAAGCAGUUCGAGGAGCGGCACGUGGGGCAGAUCAAGGCAGUGUACCCCACCUCCUACCGCUUCCGCCAGGAGAAGAACAUCCCCACCUACAGCAGCGGCGUGAAGAAGUCGCAGUACCAGCUGACGCUGGAGCCAGUGCUGGGGGAAGAUGAGCAGCUGUGCGGCCGUCCUCACCUGUCAGCAUCACGCCUGCUGGAGCGCAGGAAGGAGUUCCACCGCAGCCUGGUGAACAUCGUCAAGCAGCACCACGCGGCAUUCCUGGCUGCGCUGAGCCCUCCCAUGGAGGUGCCGGAGGACAAGCUGACCCGCUGGCAUCCCCGCUUCAACGUGGAUGAGGUGCCUGACAUCAGCCCAGCAGAGCUGCCGCAGCCGCCGCAAGAGGACAGGGUCAGCACGGCGCAGGAGGUGCUGAGUGCAGCUCGGGGCACAAUGAGCACUAAGAUGGAAAAAGCUCUUGCCAACCUGGCCUUAAGAAGCGCUGAAGCCGGUGCGGAGGAACCGGCGCUUUCCAAAGCAGCAUCCCCUGCCAGCACCUCCAGCGCUCUCAAAGGGGUGUCCCAGGAGCUGCUGGAGAGGAUCCGUGCUAAGGAGGCCCGGCGGCUGCAGGCGCUGAUGACGCGGGAGAUGGGGCAGGAGGAGCGGCUGGCCAUGCUGGGCCGACUGCCGGCCAUGGCCCGCAUCCUGCGUGGGGUCUUCGUGGCAGAGAAGAAGCCGGCGCUGCCCAUGGAGCUGGCGUGUGCCCGUAUGGCCGACAGCUUCCCCACACAGAUGGCAGCAGGUGAGAUGGAGAAGCACCUGCGGCUCCUGGCUGAGCUGCUGCCCGACUGGGUGACGAUCCACGCCCUCCGCACCGACACCUACAUGAAGCUGGACAAGAACGCGGACCUCGGCCUCGUCACCGAGAGGCUGGAGAAGGCGGCCAAGGAGGCAGAAGCCCUCUGAGCCCUGCUGGAGUCCGGGCUUCCCCUAUGCAGUUCUCUAUUCUUCAAGCGUAGCGAGCUCCGGCCGCGCUCCGGGAGCAAAGCGUGUUGAUCGGGUUAGUUCUUCUGUUGAGUCCCUGCACAUUGCAGCCGCCUCUGCAGCUGAAGGUGGUCUGGGGUCGCGGGUGAGAUCUGGAGCUUCCAGCCCCCUUCGUGCCACGUCCUGCAUGGGCGCAGGGGCCGCUUCUGUGCGCUGGGGGUGAGGAGGAAGGAGGGAGAGAAGUCGCAAAGCGCUGUUCUUUGGUGUUUGGGUCUCGUUGUGUUUUUAAGGGAGGGAAGCACAUCUCCAGCGCUCGCUGGAAACGACGACAGGCCUUGUCAAAACACAUCUGUAUUAAAUGUUUUAAAUAUA